UUUUACACCCUUCCAGUCUUCCACGAGGCAUUGCUAAAUGCUAAGUUAUAAACCCCUCGCACUUGUUGAUUUCAAUUUCUGAAACAACUUUUACCCGCAAAUUUUCAUCAUCUUUUUUUUUUUUUUUUGAUACUCAAGAAAAACAACUUUUACUCUCAAAUUUCUGAAACAACAAAACCCUAAUUCUCAGUUGAAACUUGUGAUUACAUAUUUUCUUGAUUUGAUUUCUUUUUCAAUGAGGUUGAUUCUCGCAUUAUUAGGUUAAAAUUUUCUGUGUGAAAAUCAUACCUAUUUCCCGAUUUCUUGCCUCCAAAGUCGCGGUCUGGUGAUUGUGUGAAUUCUCUUCUUCACAGGUAUACCAAGCAAUUGCUGAAAAAUUUUCAUGCUGCAAUUUUUUCCUGCCUGCCAAGCAGGGGCAAAGAAAAUGGUGAUUUUUCGUGGAAGGACAUUGUUUUUGAGAAAAUUUUCAUCUCUCUCGUCUCAUCCUUUACGUGUUUGUAUAGUUGGUAGUGGCCCUGCUGGUUACUAUACUGCUGAGAGGUUAUUGAAAGCACAUCAAAAGGCAGAAGUUGAUAUUAUUGAUCGAUUACCGACGCCUUUUGGAUUAGUUCGCUCCGGAGUAGCACCUGAUCAUCAAGAAACCAAGAAAUUUGCAACAGGUUGUGAUCAAUCAAUUUUCACGUGUUGGAUUGAAUGAGAGGUGCUCAUUUUUUGGAAACGUAAAUGUCGGGUCUUCAGUUUCUCUCUCUGAACUUCGCGAGAUGUAUAAUGUGGUGGUGCUUGCAUAUGGUGCCGAAAGUGAUAGAGAUCUGGGUGUUCCCGGAGAAGGUUUGGCGGGGAUACACUCAGCUAGAGAGUUUGUGUGGUGGUAUAAUGGGCAUCCGGACUUCAGCCAGUUAAGGCCUAACUUGAAGAGUGCUGAGACAGCAGUAGUUCUUGGUCAGGGUAAUGUUGCUCUUGAUGUUGCGCGUAUACUUCUAAGGCCAACAGCCGAAUUAGCAAGAACUGAUAUUGCAAACCAUGCGCUAGCCUCUCUGCAGGAAAGCUCUAUAAGAAAAGUGUAUUUGGUUGGGAGACGUGGACCAGCACAAGCAGCUUGUACUGCAAAAGAAUUGCGUGAACUUCUUGGCAUUAAAGAUCUGUAUGUUAACAUUCAAGAAGGCGAUCUUAUUAAAUCACCGGCUGACGAGGAAGAACUGAAGAACAGCCGUAUUCAAAGACGAGUUCACGAGUUGCUCUCCAAAGCUGCAAUUUCUCAACCUCAUCCUGUUCCAGGGCAGAGAGAACUCCAUUUUCUGUUUUUCCGAAGACCAGAUGAGUUCUUGAGUUCUGAUGCUGGAAAUGAUCAAGUCGCUGGUGUAAAUUUUGAGAAAACAGUUCUUAAAGGUUUGUUACAUCGAAACAAGGGUCACAACUGUACUUUCCAUAACUCAGAUUUAUUUGAUUUCAUUUCUUUUGUAGAAAAUGGUGAAUCUGGUAAACAGUCUGCUGUGGGUACUGGCCAAUUUGAAGAAGUAGAAUGCGGGAUGGUGCUGAAAAGUAUUGGCUAUAAGUCCGUGCCUGUUGAUGGUUUGCCAUUUGAUCAACGUAAAGGUAUCGUUCCUAACUUUAGAGGCCGAGUUCUAAGCAAUGCGUCAGUUCUUGAUAAAGGAUUGUACGUUGUGGGUUGGUUGAAGAGAGGACCCACUGGGAUCAUUGGAACAAACCUCUACUGUGCCAUAGAAACAGUUGAGAGCAUACAUGAAGAUUUAGAACAAGGAGUUUUGACAACAUCAACCACGCCAAAGCCUGGCAGAGAAGGGCUUCUUCAGUUACUUGACAGCAAAAAUGUUAAGUUUGUGCCAUUUAGUGGCUGGGAGAAGAUCGAUAUGAAAGAGAAGCAUGAAGGCAGUCAGAAAGGAAAACCAAGAGAAAAGAUCACCACAUGGAACGAACUAUUAGAAGUUGCCCAUGCUUAAACCUUGGCUAGGAAUGACAAUGCAUAUCUGAAUUCUGAACUUCAACUGUGAAUCCACUUAUUUUUUCGCUGAACCAUAACUGGUUACAGAAACAAGUUUUGAACUAAAUUUUUGUUCACUGAAAUAUAAGUUUAUACAAAUUACAAUUGAUAUCUA